UUCAUUCCCCGUUUUUCUUUCUUUUCUUGUUCCCUCGUUUUAUUCUCAUUCCUUCUAAAUUCUUCACAAAGGAACAAUUUCCUCCCAAAGCCCUAAAUGACCGUCAAGUCUCUCCUCCGCCCAGGAAAUCACCUCCACCAUAGUCAACCUGCAUCGCUCGUCUUUGAAGCCUUUGAAAGGAAAACCUAAUCAUAAAGCACAUGCUCGUUGGCUUUCCUUUCGGUCUGUCUCCUUUCCUUGUUGACUCGCCACUUAAUUCCCAGAUAACGCCUUUCGAUCUAUUGGUUCAUCAUAUAUUGUUGAUUUAGAUCGUACAACUACUCAGCAGCAACAGCGGCGUCGAUCACCUAAUAGCGUAGCGGUGGCGGUUCUGUUGGUGAUCUAGAACACUUUGAAAACUUUUAGUAAUUACAAAAAUUACUAAUGAAAACGCACAAUGAAAGCAAGAAAUCGAAAACGCACAACGAAAGCAAGAACGGUGGGUAGCAGCAAACAACUGAAAUCGACACGUCCAAAAUGUUUGAAGGUUCCAAAAACGAUACAAGCAUCAAUCCCCGAUGUUGGGUUUCUAUGAAUUUCAAACAAUCAAUUCCAUACGCACUUCUCCAGAGUAGGGUAAGACCAAUGUAUGUUGGUGGUUGGUUCUAUUGAUGGCUAUCUUAUGAAGGAGCAAGAAAUCCAAAAGAUGCUACAUGAUGGAUCAAUUAUUUUUUAGGAUUAUCUCAUGAAAAGGUGAACCAGAAUCCAUGAAACUUUUUGGUUGUCAUAGGUAUGAACAACAUUAGUAUUCUAGGCGUAUGUGAAAGUUCUAGACUUUUUCCCUGGAGGCUUAUCGGGAUAUGGCAUCUGCACUUUCCAAGGCUGAUGGAAUUGACUAUACUGACCCUGAAGAGUUAUUGGUUGCAACAAUAAUGGAUCUUGAUGCAAUGGAUGGUAAAGGGAGUGUGUCGUUAUUGGCAAAGUGUUCAACUUCUCCUAAUAACACAAUCAAAUUCUUCUUUAAUCCAAAGACUACUGCUAAGGUUCAUGUUUUGGGCAGCACAUACCAAAACCAACUCCUCAAAAUGAUUGAUGUCGGGUGCUCUUCGAUUUGCUUAGGAGAUUGUCCUCCUGAUGCCAUUCUCCCUCACGAAGAGUGCAACAAGGCUAACAAAAUUGCAUAUUAUUCUGAAUUGCAUAAAGUUCUUAGGUGGGCCAAUGGCACCAGAGACCAUGAAGUUGGAAAGAAUGUGAGGCCUAUGAAGAAGAAGAAAAAGACCCAAUGGGAUCUACAGUCAGGCCUAUAG